GGCCCCACACAUGCACACACGUUUAAAAAAACAAAACAAAACACACACCCCACCCUGCGGCCAGCUGUUUCUGGUUAGACAUUCGGCCCUGCAGUGUAGAGCAGGCAGGCCGGAGUCAUGGAGCGGCAACUGGAGCUCGCUGCCUUCGGUCUGGCCCUCACAGGGUGGUUUUGUGCCAUUCUGACACGCUGCCUGGCCCUGUGGAAGGUGAGCGGCACCUUGAACAACAACACGGCGACUCUGCCUGCCUACUGGGACGGGGUGUGGCUGGAAUGGGAUCACUGGGACUUGGCCCACGAUGGAAGCUUGCACUGCUCCUUCUACCAGUCUCUCAUGUCUCUUUCUGGAAGUUUUCGGACGUGGAGAGCCCUCAUCAUGGCAGCCAUCGGAGCCGGGGCGUUUGCUGUGGUGAUAGGAGCAGCGGGGGCGGUGUGGUUCCCCCUGCGUGGCCAGAUCAAAGUGUUUUCUGGUGCUCUCUUUGUUUUGUCUGGAAUCCUGCUGCUGGUUCCCACAGCCUGGACGUGCCAUCACACCAGUCAGCCACUGGAGGGUGCUGUGCUGCUGAGGAGAGACUGGGGACCUGCGCUGUACCUCGGAUGGAUAUCCUUUGCUUUGAUGCUGACAGGAGGAGUGUUUCUCACCACUAGAUGCCCCACUACUGAGGGGCUGGUGCAGCACCCGAAUCCAGAGGCCGAGGCCAGUCACCCACUGAGCCGGAUCAACAGGACUACAUUCACAAACAGCCAGUUUGAGCGCCGAUCAGAGCCUCUCUGAGGGGACUGUGAAGUCAUACUUAACCAAAGAAAAUCAUCAACAUGUGAAAUGAGUGUGGGAGAUUUACCAGGAUGCUGGCUGCACAUGUUGAGUAACGAUGCACUGACUUCACUCAGCACGGACAUUACAAAGUCACGUGUCAUAAGUUUUAUUGGUAGGACUUUGAAUUUGAAUCUUGUUUUGCAUUUUGGCUUCUUGUUUCUAUUGAAGCUUUAUAGAAUUGUUUUACUUGCAAAUCAUUUCCCCCUUUUAAUAUCACCUUUAGUUCAUUAUUGAUACUAAUUUGACAUUAAGAAAGUACAGCCAUUGUAUAGUUUAUUCAUUGUAAUGUCUUAAAUGUGAAAGUUAGUAUUGGUCUUCAAACUAAAUACGUAUUGCACAGAUGCAUUGCAUUUAAUUAGAGUCAUUUUCAGAUUUGUUUUGUUUACGUGACGGUGACAAAUGUUUACAUCCGAGAUGAAUUCUUCUUCACAAAAGGACACUGGAAUAAAGCAUUGCACAUA